UGCGGCGGAGCCCUGCGCUCGUUCCGGCAGCGGGCGCCGUUCCGUUUCGGUCCGCCCCGCACCGGAGAGAGGGCGGCAGGCUCCGGCGAGCUCUGCUGCUGCUGCCUCCACAGCCGCUCCCGUCGCAGGAGGAGAAGGAUGGAGCCGGGCAAGGAGCCCCGAGGGACCACGGGGGAGAAGCCCAGCGAACCAGAGCCAGCGGUUUCCUUCCAGGCCCGGUUGUGGAAGAACCUGCAGCUGGGGGGCAAGGGCCGGAGCGGCGGCGGCCGGGCAGCAGCCGAGCGCCGCACUGCGGAGCCCCUCGCCCCGCCGCCGCCGGCCGGCAGCAAGGGGGACCUCCAGCCCGGUGGCAAGUGGAGCGGCUUCAAGCGACGGCGGCAAGUGCUAGACCGCGUCUUUUCGUCCUCCCAGCCCAACCUAUGCUGCUCGGCCGCCGAGCCGCUGGAUUCGGCCGGGGAGUCCGGCUCCGCCCUGCGCCGCCUGCGGGAGCACCUGCUUCCCCAAGGCAAGGGGCCGCCGCCCGGCCGCCGCCCGGAGCCCGCCGCCGGCUGUGAGGGGCCGGCGGGUGGCAAGGAAGGGCGCCGGCCCGGGGCGCACCUGUCCCACCAGAAGAGCUCCUCGCUGCCCAGUACCGCCUGCCUGGAGCAGCUGCUGCAGGGCUCGCCCGCCGUCGGCAGGAUCCAGGACCAGCGGACAGAGGACGGCGACAGCAGCGAGAGAACAAAUUCAUUUGGAGCUAGUAAUGCUGAUUUCCCCCCUGGGGAUCCUGGAAUGUACCAGUUGGAUGUUACUCUAAGAAGAGGACAGAAUCUAGCUGCACGGGACCGCGGAGGAACAAGUGAUCCAUAUGUCAAGUUCAAACUUGGAGGAAAAGAAGUAUUUAGAAGUAAAACAGUACACAAGAAUCUCAAUCCUGUGUGGGAAGAAAAAGCUUACAUUCUUAUAGAUAACCUUAGAGAACCACUGUAUAUAAAGGUAUUUGAUUAUGACUUUGGACUUCAAGAUGACUUCAUUGGUUCGGCAUUUUUGGAUCUCACAUCAUUGGAAUUAAAUAGGCAAACAGAUGUUACCUUGAGUCUGAAGGAUCCUCAUUACCCUGACCAUGAUCUGGGAAGUAUAUUCCUGUCAGUUGUCUUGGCUCCAGGAGACCCGCGAGAAGCGACAAUGCUAAUGAGGAAGAGUUGGAAAAGAUCAAGUAAGUUUCAGACCCAGAGCUUACGUCUCUCAGACCUGCACAGAAAGUCUCAGUUAUGGAGAGGGAUAGUUAGUGUUACGUUAAUAGAAGGUCGUGAACUUAAGGCGAUGGAUGCAAAUGGGCUCAGUGAUCCUUACGUGAAGUUUCGUUUGGGGCAUCAGAAGUACAAGAGCAAGAUUGUUCCAAAAACUUUGAAUCCUCAGUGGAGAGAGCAGUUUGACUUUCAUCUCUAUGAAGAACGAGGUGGAAUUAUUGAUAUUACCGUGUGGGACAAAGAUGUGGGCAAAAAGGAUGAUUUCAUUGGCAGGUGCCAGAUUGACCUGUCGACCCUGAGUAAAGAACAAACCCACAAGCUGGAGAUGCCACUAGAGGAGGGAGAGGGAUACCUGGUGCUGCUGGUCACUCUCACAGCCUCAGCUGCAGUCACUAUCUCUGACCUCUCCAUCAACUCCCUGGAGGACCAGAAGGAGCGAGAGGAGAUUCUGAAGAGAUAUAGUCCAAUGAUGAUGUUCCAUAACAUCAGCGAUGUGGGAUUUCUUCAGGUGAAGGUCAUCAGGGCAGAAGCAUUGAUGGCAGCUGAUGUCACAGGUAAAAGUGACCCAUUUUGUGUAGUUGAAUUGAACAAUGACAGACUGCUGACACAUACUGUCUACAGGAACCUCAAUCCAGAAUGGAACAAAAUCUUCACAUUCAAUAUAAAGGACAUCCACUCAGUGCUUGAAGUGACAGUUUAUGAUGAAGACCGUGAUCGAAGUGCUGACUUUCUAGGCAAAGUUGCUAUACCAUUGCUGUCUAUUCAAAAUGGUGAACAGAAAGCCUACGUCUUGAAAAACAAGCAUCUGACAGGGCCAACAAAGGGGGUCAUCUAUCUUGAAAUAGAUGUGAUUUUUAAUGCUGUGAAGGCCAGCAUACGAACCUUAAUGCCCAAAGAACAGAAGUACAUUGAAGAGGAAGACAGACUGUCUAAACAGCUACUGUUGAGGAACUUCAUGCGGAUGAAGCAUUGUGUCAUGGCACUCAUUACGGCUGUCUGCUAUAUUAGCAGUUGUUUUGACUGGGAUUCUCCACCAAGAAGUCUAGCUGCUUUUUUGCUCAGGACGUUACUCUUGCAGAAGAGGCCGUAUGAGUCUGGUGUGAUUUCUCAAAUGCACCUGAGUGGAGCUUGGCAGAACAGAGAAGUUUAGCAAAGGCAUGAAAAAGUAAACUCAACCAAAGACUGAGUGGUGAUACACUAGUAAAUAUCCUGGUUAUGUUAUAAAUUACAUUUGUUUAAUAAUUCAUAACUGAUUCUACCACAUUGUGAAGUGACUGUUAAUAGAUGUCCUCCCAUUCCUUUGUGCUGUGUUUUACAAUAAAAAGAGACAAAAAUGUACAGGAUGUACAUAUUCAUGAACUGCAUUCUAACUUCUGCCUUCUCUUUAUCUCACUGAAAUAUUUGGAGUUUGCACUGUUUGCGCUGAUAGCAGAAGUCAUUGUUUUUCUCUAUAGUGCAAUUUGUUAACUUUUACACAAAAGUAUGUGAAUAUGCUUUAGCUUUCUUGGGACCUGUUCUAGUCUAUUAUAAAAAAUUGUCAGCUAAAAAUGACCUUGGAGAGUUUUGUUUUGCAUUUUGUUUAAAGAAAGUAUUGCAGAAUAUAAUUGCAGCUAUCCUACUAGAGAACAAAAAGAACAAAAAAUACUUGCUUGUCUCAGUGACAUCAGCCUGGGGACAGACUUAUAAGUACAGGAUUUGGGUUGUUUAAACACCUGGAACUGCUUCACUCUGUGAUCUAAACUGUUAUUUUCUGCUAAGUUCUCAUUUCUGCAACCUACAAUUGUACUCUGCACAGGGAAAUUUAAAGACUUGGUAAAUACUGAAGAAAAACACAUAGCCUACAUGCUAACAUGUAGAUACCUCUGACAUCAAAGUUAUUUCAAACAAAUCAUUGAGGGUGGAAAGCUACAGGAUGUUCAUAGGGAAAGAGUAAAAGACUGUAAAUAGACUAGAAGGAGUUGGUAACAUCAGCCCUGGAUUCACAUUAGAGCUGUGAUUAGGAACAGGCAUGCAUAGCUAUAGGUGACAGAGCAGACACAUACAUCUGCAAACAUGAUGCUAUAGCAUACACAUACAUCUGCAAACUCAGAACUGAAGUUUUGGAGGCAAAGUCUUGAGAUCAAUGAAAGAGAAUUUCUUAAAAAGUACAAUAUAGACUGGAAAAUCAAGUUACAAUGAAUGGCAAGAUAGCUGAAAUUAAUUACUGAAAUGAAUUUAUUAAUUAAAAUGUAUUUUAAAAUAAGUACAUUAAAAGGGAGUAAAACAUUUUCCUACACUGUGUGAACAAAUUGCAAAUUAUAUACUUUUAAGCUGGUCAGUGAUAGAGGAACAGAUCCUCGGCUUUUUAUUUAUUUGCUGUUAUACAGUUAUACUCAACCAAUACUCCAGACACCACAAAACAACAUGAUGAAAUGGGUCAUAAAUCCUGAGUUUCAAAAUCAGCCUGGAGAACUCACUGAGGUUGACUGAUGGUCUUGAAAAGUUGAAAUAAUUUAAUAAUUAGACCUACUUGGACAGAGUUUCUUCAAUAUAAUAAGGACAUUACAGUUCCAGUCUGUGAAAUGAGUCUUCAGCUUAUGGAAGUGUCUCUCCAUAGGGAACCCAGUGUUUGUCUCUGUUCCAGACAUACUGGUAGUUACCAAACCAAAGCCCAAUAUAUUUGCUGGAAAUCACAGUCUGCUUUAACACCUUUAGCUACGUGGUUUUAGUUUUCAUUUAUACAGUUUAAAUUUUAUUGCUGUCGCUUUCACUCUUGCAGCUGGUAUAGUGUCGGUUUUCCUACAACUGAAGGACUUAACUUUAUUGAAGGUUGUGCUUCCUAAUAUCCUUUGGUCUUAAUGGUCCUUUUAUUUUGGUGGUGGUUAUUUAUGAAUGAAUAGUGAGGAGGGCUUAUUUAGGUUUUCUGACAUACCAAUGAAUAUGGGCACAAUUUAAGCAUUUGUGAAAUUUAUGUCGUUCAUAUUCACAAUUUUUAAAGUAAGUGUCUUACUUUUCAUUAAAAAAUGUAUUUUCUAUUUAGCCUUGGAAAAAGUAGUCUGAAAGUUUUGUAUUUUCCAGUAUUUGGGUAAUGGUGACUAUUUCUACCCUAUUAAACAUUUUACAGUGUUUUCUUAGAAUGUUAAAUGAUCUUCCUUCAUCUGCGAAAGUGGAUAGAAGAUAAGGGAAGGAGAAGCUUAAGAAAAAGCUAAUCUGAUGCAGUAUGUGAUGUACAGAAAACAGUAUUUCUAACAACAUCCAUGCAGGUGUUUGGGGAAUAUGUAUGUUGUCUGAACUCUGGUAGAUGUAUAGUGAAGUGUAAUUAAGCUGAAGAAGGUACCAAAUAUUUUUUCUCUGUACCCAGUUUAAUAACUUUUGAUGGACAAUUUAAUUUUACAAUCUUCAGGCUUUUGGGAGAACAGGAGGCAGGUUCAAAGCCCAUCAGCUUCUCAUCAGGCAGUAAGAAAGGAAGGGGGCAAUGAUAACACUUUGUUCCUGGAUUGUCUGAAGAAAUUACAUUUUUAAAAUUGAAUUGGAAGAUGUAGAUGACAGAAAAUUGAUGCCCAGGUGAUAGUGAUAAAGUGAUAAAAUGCCUACAGAAUGAAGGAAGAUAGAUGUGAAUAUGUAGAUCCUUGGUUGCAUGCGAUCUUUUUCAGCACAACACAAUUUAAAACUGUAUAGAACUCCAAAGAUCAUCAAUCUAUUGUGCAUAAAUAGCUGUAGUUAUCUAGCAUGAUCCAUGUUGUUAUUUUACACUUCUCACAAAGUCAACACCUUAGAUUUCUCUUCUGAAAGGAUUCUCUCUCUCUCUCACUGGAGAUAUUCAGGAUCUGUUUGGACACAGUUCUGUGCCACGUGCUCUGAGAUGACCCUGCAUGAGUAGGGUGGUUGGACCAGAUGAUCCAGUGUGGUCCCUUCCAGACUUAACCAUUCUAUGAUUCUCUGAAAAUCAAUCUGGGGAUAUCAAAAGAACUUUUUUACUUGGAACAUAGUAUGUAGAGCAGUUUUUAGGUAAUGUCACUUAGAAAAAACAUGGGCUGUUCAGUGAACACCAAUACCCAAUUCAGUUGGGUAUUGUUCAGAAAAUGUGGUAUUAAGAUGGGAUGGAGGUUCAGUGACCCUAAUAGCCCCAUUCUUAGAUGUGCUUUUGAUCUAAUGUACCCUAGUUGGUCAUUGAUGCCAGGUGUCAGUGCUCAUAGGAAUUUCUCAAAGUCAAUUUCUCAUAGUUUGUCAGCAUUUUAGCAGUCUGACAGAAAAAAUCCAUCUUGAAAUGGCCUGUGAAUGGCAGCAGGCUGUGUGUGAACUAUAUUUUGCCCUUUAAUUUUAUCCUGUGUACUAACUACCCAGAUGUAAUAAUGCAGCUCAGAAACUCUUAAAUGAAGGGCAAAAAAUGGCUCAAGAGAUUCCACAUUUUAAAAUUUUUUUUUGGGUAGCAUCGUUUUUAUUUCCACCUGACUUUUGUUAUUAGAUACAAUAGCAACUGGUUACAGCAGUACAAAUUUUAUAUCUGUAAUCCAUGUGCUGUUUAAAGUGGCACUUCAUUCAUACUCUGAGGUUUGCAUUCUUGAAGUUGUUGAUAUUCUCAAAGUAAAGAUUAUCGUACUUUUGGAAAAUUAUUUUGAAACAUCUGUUAGAGGUUGUAAGGAAAAUAAAAUUAUUUGUAAGCAAAUAAUUACAUAAAAUUUUCAGGAUUUUAAAUAAAACAUUUUUUUGGUGCUGACAAUCUUGUAGAGAUGCAACAUACAUUAUGGUGUGAUUGGAUAGCAGUAUCAGCACAAAGGUUGUUCUGGCUGUAAAUGUGUUUCACAAACAAACUGUGUGGUUUGAUGCAGAUCAAGUGAGUCAUAUCUAGUUGUCAGAAUUGUUGCUUUAGUAAUGAGUGGGUACACUGCACAUAGAUAAAAAGAGCAAGAUUAAAUAGAACGUUUGGUUUGUUGUACAGAUUACCAGCAUGGAAAACCUGUGAGAAAAAAUUUCCUACCUAGUAAGCCCUUAUGUUGCUUUUUUUAAAUUUCACAUAUUGAAGCUAAAGAUUAAAAUUAAUCCAGUUUGUUAGCAGAAUGUAUCACAUUUUAAUGUCUUACACAAUUCAUCAUUCAUAUUCAUUGAGCUUAACAUUAGCCUUUUCUUAUUUUCUUCUUCUCAUCUAAUGCCAUUGUUCAAUGAAAUUUUCUUUUGGUAUGUUCUUCUAGAUACAGGACCCAAGUGCUCUAGCAACUGCUAAUAUUUAUGUCUUUCAAUACAUCAAAUUACAUCAAAAGCCCCAUUUGGACUGGCAUUAAUUAAUACUUCAUCUAUUCUCGUUAAGUUCUCUUUUUAUUUGUCAUGAAUGUAUCUCUUUUUUUCUCUUUCUACAUGAAACAAAUAGAAAGAAUGCUAAUAAAAAUCUAAAUUGAACUCAGUGAACUAAAUCUAAAGUGAAGUCAGUUCUUCUAAUUCCAGCAAAGAGAGAGAGAAUUCAAACAAAUCCACGUUAGUUUCUGAGAUAAAGGAAAAUAUCCUAGAUAAUCAAAAAUACUAAUUAUUCUGCAUUUCUCAGACUCCCAAGACCUCAGCCAUUUAGAAAAGAGAACCAGCACUAAUCCAAGGUUGAACUGAAAAUUUGUCAAAAUGAAGCAAGUGGGAAUUUUAUUGGUUUUUUCUGUAUUUUUUUACAUGUUGAAUGCUUUUAUUAUUUUCAAGUUAUUUUUUAUGUGUACAGAAAAACAGAGUAACAGAUAAUGUCUUUCAGACUCAAAUCUUUCAUACUGUACCUCCUCCUAGCACUCAGGUAAUUGGAACUAAAAUUGCAAGACUGAUAAGAAAAACUGCUGGAGUACGCUUUAGAGUAGGUUUAAAAGGCAUAUUUCUUCCAGACUUACCUGAAUGAAGGCACUGCAUUUAGAGUGGAUUCCUAUAAGUGUUUACAUUAAUGGUAGUGUAUUUGGAAUCUGUUGCAGUUAAAAGAAAUGCUUCCUUUCUAAUUUUUUUAUAAAAGUAUUGUACAAGAUCAGAGGAGUUGUGAUUGCUAGCUGACUACUUUCAUAAUGGAAGAAGCUAGUAUCUCUCCAAAGUACAAUGCAAAGUAGUUUCCAGUGUUUCACAG